GCGAAACAAAGGCUCAUGGAGUAAGUCUAACAGAAGAAAGGAGCUGAAAAACGAAGGAGCAUCUAUCUUGAAAGAAGAAAAGCUCCUUCGCUUCGCCGCUCUUAUCUUCUAUCCCAGUGCUCGAAUUUAUGUGGCUCGGACACCUAAGGUAUCAGCGAGGAAAUGAACCUUCAAGACAGGUACCAACUUAACUAACUUAUUCACUAACCUAGAAAAUGAAAUCACGAAUUCCUGGAUGCAUUUACGAAACUUUUCUUCAGAUUUCAAUGCGUUAUGAAAAAAAAUUCCUGCACUCCUAGAGCCAGUUAAUUCACUCUUAUUCAGUCAAUUCAUUCAUAACAACUCUAAUGAAAAUUUUUUAGUAAAUAUCCUUAUAAUCUUACAAAAUGAAUAAACAAUUUAACAAAUAAAUAUGUAAGUGAUUCAUUUACUUAAUGAAUGCAUUACUGAGAGAAUGAAUCAAUAAUUGAUUUAUUGAAUGAAUCGGUGAAAGAAUGAAUGAAUUGAUAAACGAGUGAAUGAGGAAAUGAUUCAUUGAGUGAAUUGAUGAAUGAGUUUAUGAAUGAAUUUAUGAAUAAAUUAAUUGAUAAGGUAAUUAAUCAUUUUAGCUAAUGAUGAAAUUAGUUUUUAACUAAGUUGCUAUGUAUACAUCCAUUGAAGAUUCUUUUGCCAAAUAGCUGUAAUACUAUUUCAAGAAGAGUUCAUGUCACGACUAUAAAAUUUUCAGAAAUAUGCAGGGGAUCGUAAUGGAACAUCGACGUCUCCAACGUCUCUUUGGCGACUUAAGAUUCAGGCAACUUUGAAUCCUUCUUCAUUCAUUUAAUGAAAAGAAUAGUAAAGUUUAAGUUUCUUUCUGUGCUACAUUUAGGUAUUCAGUUUGCGCCAAAAAUCCUGGAAUUGUAGUUUAGAUUCUGUACCUUUCCUCUGUAUUUCAUUCCCAGCCCUAUUCUAAUUUUUUUUGUACCCCUUUUCUUUUUUCACACAUUAUACUCAUCAUACGUAUUUCUUAAGACUAUUCAGUUACAAAAGGGUCAAUUCCACUUUACAAAAUAAGCAGUAAAUAAGGCUGUUAAUGUCUCUUCGAGCUGCACAAAUUGUCUGUUUUUCUUUUUCUUGACUGCAGCUAGAACCCGCCAUCUAAAUUUAUCAGAAACGUUACAUUCGAGCUAACAUUCUCCAAAUAUAAUGUCCAUCAAUAUUUUGCUAGUCGCUUGGUCAAUGUUUAUAAUCCUACCCGUUUCAAAUAUUUACCACCACGUGUUAUUGAACUAGAGAGAAACAGAAAUAAAGCCAGUGAUUUGCCUUGAGAUUAAGCUUAGCUACAAAAUUUAAUCAUUUACAAACGCAAUGUAAAAGAAACAGUUACUUUUGAUCUUCUGUUUACUUUGAAAAUUGCAAACAGUGAAUCUAUUUCCUGACAAAAUUCAUGGUAUAAAAAACCUAGAGUUUCUAAAAGAACUUACAACAGUACCAUUCUUUCUUUCUCAAAAACUCUUUUUUGUACUUCUAAUUACUUCAGCUUACGAUUUUUCUUCAGUUCGUAUUUGAUUUAAAGAGACUAUCAGUAGUUUUUUCUAGUAUAAAAAGAGCACAGAAGAGCGGAAACAUACCAUACCAUUGUCAGUGCAAUUUUCUACCGCUCUUCCGUUCUGUUCAAAUUUGCUGGUACCAAAGGCUUAUUAAAUUUUUCAUUAGCACGCAAUAGCAGCAGGACGUUCAAAAGUCUUUGCAGCGACUCUGAUUGUUGUCUUUGAAAUUAGCACGGAAGAGCGGAAACAUACCAUACCAUUGUCAGUGCAAUUCUUUACCGCUCUUCUGUGCUGUUUUCAAAUUUCCAAGCAGAGUAGAACAAGUAUGCGACCUUGUUCCUAUUCUAUUUAGCAUAGUAAUUUGACCUUGUGCAAGCUAAGAUAACUUAUAAACGAAAUAAUCUACAUAAAAACGAAAAAGCCGCCAUUGUGUAGACAAAAGGAGUUCGUUUUCUCUCUUGGACUCCAUUGGUAAUUUUUCUUUAGGCUCGCGGCACUGAUUGGUCAACUAUACCGGUCUUGUGCUUGCGUUUUUCUGAUUGGCCUAUUUCGAUCCACAACUGGGUAUAUAUUUUUCCAUCGUGUUUUUUCAGAACCUAUUCUGACGUUUUAUGCUCUGAGGAGUGUCAGACGAAAAAGCUUUAAGUAUGUUGUAAAAUGUUUGCUUUUUUCAAAGCCAUUUUUAAGAUAACUUAGUUGGAUUAGAAUAGGAAUUGUUUCCACAAAGCAGUUUCUUAAUUUUCGUUACCGAAAUGAAUGUGAGAAAGAAUAUAGUAGAAAGAAUUUAGACUUUGAGGUGUGCAAAUUUCAAAGUUGAACUUGAUAGGAGAAUUUACCGAGGAGAGCAAGCAAAUAUAAACAGGCCAUUAUUCAUAGAAAGGAAAGCAUUUAAAUAAGUAAAGCUGUCUAUACUCGAUUGAUGCCAGCGAUGAAUUGCGUGAUUGUGAAACUGUAACAAAAGCAAUUGUUCAAAAGUAGUGUUAAUUAGCCAUAUGCCGACUCAUCAACGCUAAAAACAUCAUCUGACACCAUGUUUUUUAAAAACCAAGGUUGUUUAUAUAAUAACAUAGCUCAUUUUUAUUUGCUUUGUAAAUUUUGUUUACUUUACUAUCUUUUAAUAAUUCAUUAAUUGACAAAAGGCCUGGGACUGAAGCUUACAAAGUGGGUUGUUCUUUCAUUUCAAAGUGACAGGCUAUUUCCUUUUCAUGGUGACAGCCAUCAGGUCAAUAUUUCAUUUAUUAAACCAAAUGCGCUCUUUUUACAAAUCUGAUUCUUGCCUUUUCUUAAAGAAAGUAAGCUUCUGGUUGAUGUUUACAAACGCUACAUACAAAAUCAGCAACGCUCAAUGAGCAGGGGCGUGCUCUAAUAUCUUCGUCUUUUUCUUCCGUAUGUAUGUUUUAACAUUUGUACUAAUUAUUUUGUGCAUCAGGAGAAUGCAGAGGACAUUAUCGACUGUAAUGUUGCUUGAAGCCAAAUUAAGAGUACCUUGAUAUAAAAAGGGAAAUAUUGAAAACAGAAGAGUUUGAAAACUAGAGUAUUUGAAAAUGUUUUUUCAGGGAAUCAGUGUUUGAAGGGCCUAGCAUUUGAAUAAAUCAAUCUUGACUAGACGAUCGAAAUAAGAUAGUUAGUAUUAUAAGAUCGUACUCGUGUCCAAUUUCUGUUUUGAAAAUGGCGAUUUAGAGAGGAAUUAUCAAUAGUGAGUCUGCUGCUUUUUUGAGUUACCUGCUUUUCACUAAUGCGGCUCAUGUUGUAUUCAGUUGAAGGCUACACUUUGCCGCUUUGUGAUGUAGGUUAAUUCUUGGUUAUAGAAGUUAUACUUAUGAAGUAUACAACAAUCUUGGACACCGCUAUUCUGCAAACACCCGAACAUGUGAUUGGUGGCACGAAUGUAUAGUAAAACCUGCCAAGCGUAAACGUAUAUCAGUCAACGUUAUAUGGGAAAGCCCAUUACAUCGGUAGUGUCUUAUGUACAUAUGCUUAUAUGACUCAGCAUUAUGUAGCAUUAAACAGCAUAACAUCAAUUGUUACAGGAGUGCCCGAGGGUUGUCACGCAAAAUAACUGCCUUGAAGUGUAUAUCUAGGCAUUCGAAAUAGGACUGCGGGAGAGGGGCUCAGGGGGUUUCACCCUUUUGAAAAUUCCAAGAAUCGGCUUCAAACAAUUCACUUAAUCAUCUUACGCUACAUUCUCUGCUGCCCUUCACUUUGCUAAUUUGGAAAAAGCUCUAAUCGCGAUCUUAAUUUCUGUUUCUGUUUUUGAUUUGUUAUUCGUCCUUAAGAUAAGUUGGGAAGUAGCUCUGUAUUAUUCUAUAAAAGGUGAUGCUCGAAUUCAUAGCAAAAUUUCUCGGAAGAUUAUUUCCUAAAAAAAUGAACACUGAAAUCAUUAGAAAGAUGAAAUUAGGCAUCAAGAAUAUAUUGUUGUGUGCAAUCGAAAUCAAGAAGCAAAAAUUUUGCGUUUUUUCACAUAAAUGGUAAAUAGUGAAAAAGUAAAGCGUUGUUGUGUAGAUCAUACACAAUGAUUCAUAUCGAUGCAUUUGUCUCUAUAAAGUAAAUAUUUACUCGAUAAUCCUGUUCUUGAUUAUAAUACUAGCAAUUGAAUUUUCCGUCUUUUUAGUUUAUAUUUAUUAUUCAUAGCCUAUUUAGCAAACUUCGUAAUUUUCCCUGUAAUUUGCCAAUCUUACCUAUUCAAAUUAGUUUUCAAAUAUUUACAGCUAGCUUUAGCUUGGCUGCUAUAAGACGGGGGCAAAAACGAGCAUAUUUCAAAUACCUCUUUGUCUCGCGCUACAGCUACACGGUAUUUCUACACGGUAUCUCGUCAGAUAUUUCUCCUCUUCAACUCAACCAUUUCGCCCUCUCUCUUCUUAUGCAGGUUUGACAAAAUCUGCUUCAAUUUUUCUAUAUCUUAUGUUUAACAGAAGCAUGUGGUUUCAUGUGCAUUUUCUGGUUUCGGAAACUAUAGCUUUUUCAUCAAUUAUCUUGGCAUCAUAUUUUUUCAUGUGUGUUUAUUUAAAACUUUUUUCCCAUUUUUGCUUCCAUGAUCCUUCUGUGCCGUAAAAAUAACUUUAAAAAUUCUUUGUGACUAUGAAUUCCUUACGUUUGCGCUUCACAUUUCAUGUGCGAAUCAAGUACAUUAAAAAUCAUACGCUGUACGAUCCCCCUUCUAUUUGCGUUGACAAAACUGUUUAUCGAGAUACCGGCCUUUCUUCGGUGGAUUGUAUUUUAUACCUCUUUGUUGUUGUAAUUUUUUAUUGACUAUUGGCUUAACGCAAACGUACUCACAUUUUCAAUUACCUGGUGUAUAUUUAGCAUUUGCAGGGUAGCAAAAGCAUUUAUAAUGCAUGCCAAGAGUCGUAGCAUGUAGCGAUAUAGCGUUUAGCGUUGCCAACACUGCAGCAAGGUUAAGCCUGUAAAAUGAGCCGGAAUAAUUCAAGUUACAAUACUUCUAAACAUGGUGGGUCCUAUAAUAGCGACAUGCUGGCAAUGUCUCGUAAGGGAUUCAGAGGUGAAAGACGAGGCUCAUACAGGCCAUCACCGGAUGACCUUCUCUAUUGCUUAGAUGAUGGUUUAGAUGAGGUGGAUGAAAUCGAGGUAUGUGAAUUUGUUGUUUAGAGUGGAGUACCGGCUAAAUUACUACAAAUAAUCACGCCUAAUGUCAAAAAGCAGCCUAAAUCUAUGUGCUUCAAAGGUCGCAGUGACAUCUUGCGCGCUCGUUUGACUUUUAAGACCAAGGUGUGCAUAAUUCGAACAUCGCCAAUACGCCAAUUGCUACACCCGAUAGAUUUUGAUUGAACAAAAUAACCUGUAGUAGUUUUCUAUACACAUCUACCAGAGUGAUUGUUUGGCCAAGGUGUUCCUUAUUCAAGCGGGUAAAACACUGCUACCUUUGCUUUUAGGAUCAUAUCUCCUUUUCAAUCUGUUUUAAAGAUACUAAUAUCUGGUUAGAAAAUCUCUCUCAAAGAUUAUCUAUCCAUUACGAGUGAACAAAAACAUAAAUUUUAGAUACCAAGCUAAGAAACUCACUGAAUUUGAAUUCAAUCUAGUGGAUAAGUCAUGGUGCUUUUCAAGAAUUUUUGGAUCAGAUUAUUAACGUUAAUGGGUCACUGAACCAUUUUACUUGAAUGUAAUCAAUGUGUUUCAAUCGCAUGGAAGCACUUUUAUGUCCCAAGAAUCUGCAACAGCGAAAUGCUGAACAAUUUUUCUACUGCUUUUAUUUCAAGCUCCAAAUUAAAUCUAAUUGCAACGCACUCUUUGAAACACCCUUUUUAGACAGAAACCUACAAACAAGCGAUUUUAUCCAAAAGUUUCGUUUCUGCAUACAAAGCCUUGCAUAAAUGACAUCUACAUCACUGUUCUCUCUCAAAGGAAACAAACCUUUAGUUCUGUAUGUGUCUGUUAUGAGAAAGCCUUAACAGGAGGAAAUAGAAGUCAUUUCUGAUUCAGAAAAACUGUUUUUAUGUGUUACUGGAAACAUCUUUUAGUGUGACGGUAAAUUAAAGCAAAUAUUCUCUAAGGAAUGAUACAAAGUUUAUGUAUUAAUCUUUGUAAUUACUUGAUCCUAGUACAUUCGAUGGUGGGAAUCAGUUUUGAACUUGGGAAAAAUAUAGUUUCCUCCAAAAGUUAAUUCUUUGUCUACAAAUCCCAACUUCAAUUUCAAGAGCAAAGUCACUUAAAACCAGAAACGUUUUAUCUUGUGUUUCAUUUGCAAAAAAAUUUUGAAAGGCUACUCUUUAUCAUAGAAAUACGAAUUGGGCUCACUAUCUUUCGCGAAAACUUAAUUUUUUUCAAAAUUUUCCUUUUCGACAGAUAAUGUCUAGAAUGACAAAUCUCUGCAAUCUUUUUAAAACUUGUUAUCGUUAUAGCCUGCGUUCCUUUUAUCUGAAACGUUAAUAUAAUUGGAGUUAAUUUCAGAAGUAUCAUCUGAGUGAAGUGAAUUUGUUGUUCAAAGAAGGCGGAUCAUCUAAAUGUUGGCUAAUUUUUCUCAUUUGCCUUCUUAUCUACAAGAUUCUCUUGUAAUCCCCUUAAUCUUCUCUAACAAGGUACUUAGUUUCAUUAACAUUUUUCUUUUACAUUUAGAUAACUUAGCAACAGAAAAACUUUUAAGUUGCAGCUUUUAAAAUUCUUCCGCUUUCAGAACAAUAUGUAUUCCUCUUGUUUUUUUAUCACAGCAAGUGACUGGCAAAGGAAAUGCUUUCUUCUGCUUUUCGCUAAAGCCAUAUUGGAGUAUUUCUUUCCCUUUUGUAGUGGAAAUUUUCUAAGGUUGAAGAAUAUCAUUAUUCUUCAAUAAAUUCAUGUUGAUUCUACUGUUUUUGGGCAGACGCAUGUUGUUUCUAUUCGCUCACUUAAGGUAGGCGGGUGCUAAAGGUAUGGCUAACCUUAUUUGCUGUAUUCGUUCCCACUGAAACAAAAUCACGUUAAAUUGGACAAUUUAAAUUGGAAUCCUUCUGGACAAUCCAUCAAAAUUUGUCCCAAAAAAUUUGAUUGUCUGAAAUCUGUCAUUUUGUAAAUCUUAUCUCGUUGAAAAAUUUUACUUCUUUGAAUACAGAAAAAACAAAGAAACGUUUGACCUUUUAUCGAAAAAAAGGUUAAGAUUUGAACCAUGGCAGGAGUUUCUACUGAAAUUUCAAGGUCUCUAGUGACAUAAAAGUUCUUGAAUGCGUUUGUUUGGUUCAUAAUUACAUUCGUGUGGAAAUUUUUUUGCCACUGAUUUUACGCUUUUGCAAGUCUAGGUUAGAGAUUUUUGCAAGUUAUAAAGAUUUUCUAAGUUUGCUUGCUUCUUCUAUAUAGUUCAUGGAUCAUCGUGCAGGUUCUCCGGUACUUAUAAUUGCCAGACAUUUGUAUUUAGAAAUACGCCCACAGUAUGACGGAAGGAAUAUGUUCCAAAGAUUUUAAUUUAGUUCGAAAUCUUUAGAAUGCGAAAUUUACUUCGCUAAGCAGUGGAAAAUUUCAAAAACACACUUGAAGGAAAAUCCCAUUUUUACUUUAGCUCAGAGUGAACUAGAAUUUGUCGCUGAUUGUGAAAGUCUCAUUUAACCAGGGAUGAUAAGGAAGUUCAAGGGAAAUUAAAAUUUGGUGCUUUAUGGCGAAAGUUCGUUUCAUUUGGAGUUUGAUUUAUCUAGAGCGUUUACUAUAUGCAAGUUGCUAAAAACAACAUUCAAAUUUCCUAAUUUCUUUUACGAUAUCUCCCGUCAAUGAUCUGUUCUUUGCAUUCAAAUUUCUUUCGAAAUGACGUUAACAUUGUUUAAAUAUGAACCCUUGUUUACCUCCGCUUACACAAUCUGACCAGAAUAUGGGUUUCUUCAAAAAUAGCUGCUUUAGACAGACGUUAAGAAUUGCUAAUGAAUCUGAUACGAUGCAUGUUAUAAAAGAAUGACAUUUUAUUCAUCAUCGCUAGUCGCUUGUCUGUCCGUAGUUUACUUUACACGGCGCCGAUUUCUCUAUAACACUUCCAACUAAAUCUUGGUUGUUUUAAAAAGCCUUCUGCAAAUUUAUCACCACCCGACAGCUGCAUCAUGAAUUAUAUUUUUGCACAUGAUAUUCUGUCUACGAUAUCGCUUUCUUGCUAAUUGAUUCCAGGCUUUUUAUAUUUUAGAACCGACGUUUUAAUAGGAUUUUGAUUUACUAUCUUGGCAUUCAGCAAAAGAUUUCGUUUAUCGAAGAUUAGCCUGCCAUGUAAUCAUCAACAUAUUUCUGUUGUGAUUUGAAGGCGACUUUGCUAUUGGCAUAAAUCAUACAUAUUGCAUUACUUAUCAUAAAGGUGUUAGCAUAGACAUUAAUACUCAGGGUGGUUUAGUAGUUUAGCCCAGUUUUAUACGGUAAAGAAUGGCUGUGGCAGAGAUAUCAUCAAGAUUCUCCGAAAGAUGGUUUGGGUAGUCAGUAUUCGUGAUACCUUUCUUUACUAUUUAGUUUCUUUGCUGUUUAGAUUGUACUUGGGCUUUUAGCCUUCUUAGUGCCUACCUAACUAAAAACGGCAAGCUUAGUAAGGUACGAGAAUGGUUCCGUGUAAAGUUACUACCACACAACGAAUACUUCUCAACAAUGGAAAAUAUUUCUCAUUCCACACUCGCCCUCUAUGUAUGAUGAAUAUAUUAAACACUUUUGGUGUAUAGAGCGGACGGUUUUAAGUUGCUACUCCAAGUUUCACGUUUAAUGCGGUCAAGGGACAACUUUCCUAUAGGUAUUUUACUUCAUAUGUAAGGGAUAUGUCUCAUAGACAUCAAAGGAUAUGUCUCAUAGAUAUUUCUUCCGCUAAUUUUUUUCUCUAGAUUUAUUUAGUCAAAUACAUAAAGGGUGGAUAUUGUAUGUAUUCAAAAUGAUGCUCAAUGUAACUAGAAGUAGAAAAGAUCAAGAAUCAAUCAAUCAAUCAAUCAAUCAAUCAAUCAAUCAGCGUUAUCAUUGAAUCAGUGCCUCUGAUUAAUAGCAAAUCAGUGUAAUAAAAUUUAUGCAAACUCUCUAUGAUCGGCCAUGAGCUCUUCUAUCAAUCAAUCAAUCAAUCCCAAUGCAAGGCUAAUAAUAUAUAAACGAGGGUAUAUAUUAAUACAAUAAAUAUACUAAAAUGCGUGCGGUACAAUGUGAUGCUAUAAUAAUGAUCAAUGUAAGUAAAUUGUACCAGGAAAAUUUUUUUUAAAAUAAAUAACGACGUAUCAAGUACAUUUAUGUAUUUGUUUGUCAUAUACUAACCUUUCAAAACCUGUUAAGUGUUAAAUGAAGGAAUUUAAGCCAAUAAGCGGAAGUCAGAAAGAAAAUGCCCAAAUAGGGCUCAAUAUGCAAGACCGAGUGCAAGACUAAUCAUCCAUUCAUUCAAACGCCAAUUUUCUUUCAUUUGUCAACCUCACGUUUUCAACCGAAUUCAUCAUUUCAACAUAAUUUAUAUUCUCGUGAUUUUCAUGACAUCUCUGACUUGAAAAAUGCAAACAAAUGUUAUAUUUUAUGUCAUCAAAAAGAAUAAAAACUUGACAUAGCAGUGAAGCUGUGGUAAUCUUUGUACAGCUUCUGAAUGUCUUCACUGAGUUUUUAAAAUCCUCUCAAAUUUGAAAGCUAGCUAUGACAUAGGUUCAUUUAUUAGUUUCUUCCAAAGUAUUUUCUGAAAUAAAUAUCUUUAGAAAGUUUACACUCCCAAAACAAUUACAAGUGUUCAUUUGAAAUUAUAGGAAAUCCUUUCUAGUUUGUUGUGAUAAGAAAUAGUAUCAUUCUAUAGCUUUUCGAUUUUGUGUAUGUAAGCGUGGAAAAUCAUGCUACAAAAGCAUAAGGCACUGACACAAGCUCUCAUUGCUUUUUGCUAGUAACGUUUCAUGAUUUUCUGUAUUAGCUAACGUCCUUAGCUGGUGUUUUCUUGUUACAUUAAUUACUCCUAAAAAGUGCGCCAGGUGGUCUAAAACAAAGCAAAACGCAGACUAGGUAACGUCUGGGCUCGUCUGUCCGUUUUUAUCGUGGCUUUGGACAGAUGAAUAGACGUCAAGACAUCCUUCUACGCACAACUAUAUUCUGUAUUGCACGCUGAAGCUGAAUUGGUGCCCCCCGUUUUAAAAUAUCUCCGAUUGGUGAUACUACAACAAAGAACAAAGACGUUGUCAUUUUGGUAUAUUGCAUUAAUUUUGCUAUGAAAAGCUGAAAGGUGAAUACAAGUUGGCAGAUGCUUCAGCAAGUGGAAGGAUCACCACAAGAUAAGCUUAGGCUACUUUUUGCAGGAAGUUAACGAAGAUGUCCUCAACGAGUGAAGGCUGUGGAGAGAGGGAGCCGCUGUUAGAAAAGCAUGAAAAAAAUCCUGAGGAGGAUAUGUCUGUUGCGGAGGAGCCAGAGGUCGCUGUUAACACAAGCUGUUUAUCAAAGCAAAGAUUAAAGCAAUCGGAAGAGAAGAGUGAGGCAGAUUUGAGUACAGACGAUUGCAACAGGUUGUUCGUAGAUAAUAGAAGUGUUGAAUACAAGGAUUCGUCUUCCUCCGUUAAAGAUCGCAAAGAGGAAGGCAAAGAGGAGUAUUCACAGAGAUCUCCAUUGCAAAAAGAUCUUGCUGCAAAGCCUCUGAGACCGAAGUCUUUUCCAAGUAGAAAGACAGACACGAUGGAUGAGUUGAAAGAGUGUAAAAUGGAAAGACCGGGGGGCAAUUCUUCAGGUGGUACCAGUUUAAUGUCACCAGUUAGCGAAAUGGAACCCUCUUUUGGGAGCAUGGCAGUGGAUCAUGAAAAAGACAUGGGUGAGUCGAAAGAAAGAGCGGGGAAACCCAAUGAGCGACCAUUUAGCCAAGAAAUUCCAUCAUCGGGGAUUGCAAGUGAAACUUGCAAAAGCUUUCAUGCUAAAAAGAACACUGAAGAUGAUGGCUUUCGUCGUAAUACUUUCGAUUUUAAACAGAAACCGUCUUUGCAGUCAAAAGCAAAACCAAUCAGGCGAUCUAGCUCUUUGAAUGGUAAUAAGAGUAGAGAAUCCGUUGAUUUAGACAAGCAAACAAGUGAGAACCAAGAGAAGCCGUUGGCAAGCGAAACAGAACACGAAGUGUCUCAUACUGCUGACACCCAAGAUCAAAAUCAUGGCAUUACUGAAAAGCAGCAAAUUGCGCCCCGUACAAGCCUACCCCCAAUGGUUUCAAUUCAUGACCGUAUGGCUGCAUUUAAUCAGCAAGUUGAAGCCCAGUUGCCUGUUGCAGAAGUCGCAAAGAAAAAAGCAGAGCAAGAACGCAUUGACAAGGAAAAUGGCCUCACACCACUUAUGCUGGCCUGUCGUGAGAACAAAUUCAGCGUUGUUGAGAAGCUUAUUGAGCUCGGCAACCCUGUCAACGAGCUUGAUAAGGAAGGGAAAUCUGCACUAUACCAUGCUGUUACUUCGGGCUCUGAUAGCAUCGUCAAGUGCCUUCUCAAUGCAAAGGCAGAUCCAAAUCUCACUGCUGGGGAGAACAACAGAAACUGCUUACAGCAAGCAUGUUCAAGAAACAGUGGAGCUCUUGAGAUUGUCAAAGCAUUGCUUAAAGUUAUGGGGAAAGAUGCAAAGCUAAUACCAGAUAAUGAAGGGAAUUUACCACUGCAUAUCGCAGCAACGACUCGCAAUGCCUUGCUGUCAAAAGAAUUACUUCAGAGUCAUGCGGAGGAGCAGCUGAAAGCCGUCAAUAAGGAGUAUUUAGAUACACCCCUUCACGUCGCUGCUCGCCACAAAGACGUUGAUAUAAUCAAAAUUCUUGUUGAUAAUGGAGCUAAUGUGGCAGAAAAGAAUACUGACGGCCAAACUGUCUUGCACAUUGCUUGUUCAGUAGGUGACGAAGCUACAGUGAAAUAUCUACACUCUGUCAAAGCAAAUCCUAACAUACAUGAUAAGUUAAAUCGAACGCCUCUGCAUGUGGCAACAGAAGGUGGUCAUAGUUCAAUUAUUGAGAUUCUCAUUGACAAGUACAAAGCGGACGUAAAUCAGCGUUCAAAGGAUGGCAGCACGCUUAUUCAUUUGGCAUCAAAAUGCGGCCAUCCAGAAGUCGCUCUGUUUUUCGUCAAAAGAGGAGUCCCACUUCAAAUGCCAAACAAGGAAGGAGCCAUUUGCCUUCAUGAAGCUGCUAAGCAAGGCCAUGUGAGUGUUGUUAAGAGUCUGCUCCUGAAGGGUGCUUCAGUCAACGUGAUGACUAAGGAUUUCUACACCCCGUUACACACAGCUGUAAGGCAUGGCAAGCAUUUGGUUGUGCAAGUUGUGCUUGGAUUUGGUGCAGACGUCAACUGUAGAGGUGGACAGAACCGUGAGGCACCUCUGCAUCUUGCUGCAAGGCUUCAAAAAGACGCUCGACAUGUGUCUGAAAUGUUGCUGAAAAGUGGUGCAAAUGUGAAUGCUGCUACUGAGCAAGGAGUUACCCCUCUUCACAUUGCUAUUGAACACAAAAACUACGACCUAGUAAAGAUGCUGCUGGAUGAAAAUGCCGAUGCACUCUGGACCGCCAAGAAUGGAGAAAUCGCACUACACAUAGCUGUGAGAACUUGUAAUCUUGCAAUAACAUUGGCUUUAAUUGAUCAUAUCAAAACAAAACACACGCGCAAAGAGACCAUUACUGCAUUAAACAGCAAGAACUUGGAUGGUGAAACUGCUCUUCAUUACGUUAGCAUGCUGCGACCAGUGGAAAGUGAGAAAGGCCAUGAGCUUGAUAUUGCAAAACUGUUGGUUGAUAACAGUGCAGAUACGACUAUCCUUAAUGUUAAGGCAAUGGAGAGCUCACUUCACUAUUGUGCACGGCAUGGUAACCUUGAAGUUCUAAAACUUUUUUUAAAGACAAUGCACCCUGAAGAGGCAGCAAAAGCUGUCAACUUUCAAAAUAAGGACGGUUGGUCGCCAUCUUUAGUUGCUGCCAGAGAAGGCAAUGAAGAAAUCAUGAAAGUACUUAUCGAUUACCAUGCAAGGUUGGAUAUUUUUGAUGAGGCUGGUAAGACUGCGCUGCAUGUUUCUGCUGAAGCUGGUCAUUUAAAUCUAGUUGAAUUGCUGAUGCAGAAGAAAGCGUAUGCCAAUGCCAAAUCAAAGACUGGUCUUACUGCAGUUCAUUUGGCUGGUGCAAGUGGCUACACAGAAAUCGUUGAAACUCUUGUUAAACAGUACAAUGCAAGCCUUGACGUCGUGGCUAUCAACAAAAGGACACCUUUGCAUUUGGCUGCUAUGAACGGACAGAAGACCGUCAUUUCCAAAUUACUCGAGUUGAAUGCCGACCCAAACUCCGUUGAUGCUAAUGGCUACACGCCUCUUCACUUAGCUGCCGAGAACAACCAUCCAGAAGUGGUCAGACAGUUCGUCAGUCAUACACCGUCGCUCAUUUUCCAAGCAAACAAGGAUGGAAACACGUGCGCCCACAUUGCAGCAGCCAAAGGAAGUCUUGAAGUAAUGAAAGAGCUCGUGCAAUGUGACCCUGCUUCGAUCAACACAAGAAACAAGAGAACAUAUGAGACACCAAUGCAUUUAGCAGCAUCCGGUGGUCAUUAUGAUCUGAUGCAGUUUCUGUUUUCCAAAGGAGGAUCUGUAGAGGACGAAGAUAAGGAAGGUAUGACUCCACUGCACUUGUGUGCCAAGUAUGGACACAGAAAUCUAAUUGAGUCACUAAAAGGCAAAGUCCCACUAAGCAUGUCAAGUGCAAAGAAUGGAUUGACUGCCAUCCACGUUGGCGCUGAAUAUGGCCAAGCAGAAGUCGUCCAGGACCUCCUACAGAAGGUUUCUGGUGGAAUUCCUAGUGAGUGUCCACGUGGAAAAGAAUCAGUUGAAGGGAUCGAGUAUGCCUACACUCCGCUUCAUCUAUCAGCACGAAAUGGGCAUGACGGGAUUGUUCGAUUGCUCCUCAAUUCACACGGUGUCAAGGUAGAUGCAGCAACCGAAGGAAAGGGAUUGAUACCUUUACAUUUGGCAUUGAUGAAUGGCCACACAUCGGUCGUGAGCUUGCUUCUUGGGAGAUCGACUCAUCAACUGGCCAUCAAAGACAACCAAGGAAGGACAGGUCUGCACCUGGCCGCUGCUCAUGGCCAUCUUGAGCUUGUCACUUUGCUCCUUGGACAAGGCGCUGAAGUUAAUGUCUUGGACAAUGAAUCGUGGUCCCCCCUGCAUUACGCUGCUGAUGCCGGUCAUGUUGAAGUCGUGAAAUAUUUGGUGCGUAUGGAUGCAGAAACUACCACAGAAGAUAAGAACGGCAAGACACCUUUGGCAUUUGCAGCAAAGAAUCACCAUUUGGCAGUUAUGAAGUACUUAGUUAUGAGAGAUUUUAAUGUCGAAAAUAUGCUUACAGACAGGAAGUUUCUGCUCAAUCUGAUGUUGUGUAGCAAACUGAAUGAUAACGAAUCGAUGAUAGAUUUCAUUCUGAAUUCGCCCGCGCCGAUAUACACGGCCUGCAAGUUGGCUAGGUUGUACCGCUUUGAGUCGACCAAAGAAAAAGACAAGAGCAGUGAUCUUCUUGAAAUGGGAGACUACUGUGAGCAAAUUGGAUUGGACUUGCUCCAUCUUUCAACUACAUUCGACACCGAAAAUGUCCUUAACGCCACUGAUGACGCCCGCCAGCCAUUGAUUGACAUUCUCAUUGAUGGCGAAUUGAAGAACUGCGUCGCACAUGCCAACGUACAGGGCUAUCUUGGCGAUGUUUGGAAAGGUGAUAACCCUCUCUUUGAUGGUUGGCGAACGUUUGUUCUAUUCUUGCUUUGCUUUCUUAUUCCACCGCUUUGGGCGUUCCUCUCUUUGCCGUAUAACCGCUACAGCCGCGUACCGACAUUGCGUUUCAUCUGCUAUGUAAUAUCGCACACCUACCUCAUAACACUGCUUAUACUGGUUGCCGUAAUACCUUGGAACCGCAGCUAUGAAGAGCUUUUCCCGACGCCUUAUGAAUGGGUACUUCUCAUAUGGCUGUCCGGAAUGAUUUUAUCUGAAAUAUCAGAACCUCAAAGCCGUAGCGGCCUUGGCCUAUUACCGCCAAUAUUCCUCGCUUUGGCAACUAUUGCUGUUGUGAUCCACGCGUUCGCGUUUCUUUCCUCCGGUAGGAUAAGAGAAGAGGUAAUGUAUGGAAGAGAUCAAGUUCUCGGUCUUGGUCUUCUGCUCUGUGUCGUUCAAUGUAUGGAGUUCCUUUCUUUGCACCAUCUGUUUGGUCCUUGGAGCAUCAUAAUCCGAAGUUUGAUUCAGGAUUUGCUAAGAUUUCUUGUAAUCCUGCUCAUCUUUAUAGUUGGAUUCGCACUGCAACUAGCGAUCGUGUAUAAACCAGUCUACGGAUUAAAGCAUGUUCAGGUACCAACAGAAACGGUCCCGACCCCUAAACGAGAAGGAUCCCUAGUCAUAUUUGAACAUCUGUUCUUUGCAAUGUUUGGAUUAACAGGUAAGUCCGACAUUGAUGCGUUCGAUCCAAACACAAACCCGCCCGCUACAAAAUAUCUUGCCCUCAUAAUUUUUGGCUUUUAUGAGAUCAUCAUCAUUGUCGUUCUGAUCAACCUGCUGAUUGCUAUGAUGAGCAACACGUAUACACGUCUGGAAGAGCGUUCAGAUAUCGAGUGGAAAUUCGGUCGAGCGAAAAUGAUUCGUAACAUGACGAAAACCGUUUCGACACCAGUACCUUUGAAUAUAAUAACGACAUUGGUCUCGAUAUUUCGAAUCAUCUUCAAGACAAACUGCUGUUGCUGUCGAACAGACAUUGCUAAAAUUUGCGAUGAAAUGGAGAACAGGCUGCCAGAGAUACAAAUGGAGUCGUUCGUCAGUCUUGAUAGAUCGACAGCAAUUGAAGAGGGAAGCGGGCCUAAGCGUCUAGUUGAUGUUGUCAACUGGGGUGAUAUCGUAGGAAGGUAUCUUGAAAACAAAGGCCUUCACAUUGACGACGAGGAAGACGAAAUUGAAAAAUUGGCCCAUGGUAAUCAAAAAUCAAAACGAAGAACAAUGCGUGUAAGACAGACUGGAAAUGGUCAUUUGACUACAUAGCCAGAUCUUUCAACCAAAUGUUUAAAACACAUUUAUAUAUGAAGCAUAUGCUAUGGACAAAGUUGGAGUGUUUUGAAAAGUUUGUUACAGCUCAGUAAGAAGAAGCUCUCUUUCGCAGUGAACUCAGAACCUCCUCAACGCAUGUAGCUACAUGCUAAAUGUUGAAAGUACAAACAAAGUUUUGAAAGCCAAGAUAAAUUUCAUAGCUCUUUUACAGAAUUAAAGAAAGAACUUCUGGUGAUACGCAAAUCUUAUAUUAAUGCGUGAUGCUGUAUUGGCUAUAUUUGAUUAUACGUCGCUACUUUUUAGUACAUUCGAUUAUAACAUUGCUUAUAAGGACUUGUUGGUAAACUAAAUUAAAUAUAGAUAGAUACUGCUAUUCUAGUCUUGCUGAUGAGCUUUAGUCGACUUAGGGAAAGGUAAAAUGCAUUUUGUAAAUUGAGUUGAAUGUAUAUAAAUUAGUCUAGUUGCCAGUAGAUUUCCCUUAAAAGUCUAUUAGAUAUAGAAGGAAUGCACAUGAAAUCCGCAGCGUAAAGGCAAAUCUGAGAAACCCUAACAUAAGAUUUUAGAAAGAAAUCAUCUUAAAAGCAGAAAUCUCGUUUACUUCUCAGUCAUCAUCAAAACAAAUACUGGACAGCCAUAAAAAUAUAAGCAUUUAUGUUCAAAGUCCAAGAAAGUGUUCAACCUUCAUCUACCUUGGUAAUUAAGAUUUGAAAAGAUCAUCUCAAGAUUCAAUUGAGAAAGGGAAUGGUAUGGGAUGGUGUUUGAGUAAUUAUCUAGGGCCUUCCUUGCCUAUUGCACCUUCGAAAAUGGAUUCUCAAUGAUCCAGGUAUUCGUGUCUUUUCUAAAUUAACAACUUUCUAAUUCAGCAAGAAUUUUCCAUAUUCCAUCAAUUUUCACGGAUACUUUCUGUUUUGUUAUACAGAACGUAUGUGCAGUUUGAUUGCCUUUGAAAGCCUGGGCACUAACAACACCGAUUGAUAAGAUUGUUCUUUGAGUAUUUCACAGUGCAUUUGUGGCAACCGACUCCCUUUUUUCUUUUGCUGGGCCAUAUUUUUUACAACAUUUGACUACCUUCUUGCCUUAUCUAUCUUUAUUCUAUAUUUCAUUAGCUAUUCUUAUUAUAUGUAUACUUUAUUCAUGUAAUUGAUGUAUUAUAUCCAUAUUUAGAGCAAAAUUUUGCACCGAAGUAACUUAUUAGCCACUGUACACAUAUUUUAGAAACAUAAAGAUUCGUACCAGGGGAA